UCUAUUGAAACGUUCUGAAGUGUUCUGCAUAAUUAAAAACACAGCUAAAUAUAUCGAUUAAUGCUUCUAUCGCGGCGUUAUAAAAUACAUUCAGCUUUUAUACAAAAAUACUAAGAGACUGAUAGAAUUUAAAAAUUGUGGUGAUUUAAAAUGUUAAAAUAAAUAAAAUCGUGAAAAUAAUUGUUAUUAAAGUUACAGAAAUGUACUGGAUCCUUUGAAUGAUAACCGUACUAUAAAAUAAAUGCAUCAAACUUUCCAAACAACACGUGACGCAGGCUCUUUUUAAUCAAAACAAUUCUAGAAAUUUAUAGGACCUGUGUCCAUUAAACAUCCGACUAAAAUCGAACGGCUUAAGAUUGUUGAUUUAAAAUGAUAGUGAAAUAAAAAGAAGUGUAAGAUGCAAUGACAGCGAAUAUAACUGAUGAACUGUGUAAGAUAUGCGAUGGUAGAAUUGAGUGUGCCCCUACAGCCAUCUUACUGAUAUCCUUGGUACACACUCUUUACGGACACAUCGCUGCUGAACCAGAUUAUUUUGGUAAAAGUCAAGGUAAAACUGACGAACUUAUCAAAUUCAGGCACAAAAAUCCUCUCGAAAAUGUUGAAGAGGAAUAUGAUUUUGUGGUGAUAGGUGGCGGUACAGCCGGCUGUGUUCUUGCCAGUAGACUAUCAGAAAAUAGGAAAUGGAAGAUCCUUCUUAUUGAGGCAGGGCCUGAAGAGCCGAAAAUAGCUUUGAUACCAGGUCUGACUAGUGAAUUCAAAGGUUCAAGUCUCGACUGGCAGUACAGCAUGAGACCCAAGAAGGGUUUCUGUCAAGAUCGUGUUGAAACAGGCUGUGAAGUAGUUCAAGGCAGAGUGCUAGGAGGUACUACCUCCAUUAACGACAUGGCGUACAUGAGAGGAAGUCCAGCAGAUUACGAUGAAUGGGCUUUAAAUGGAAACGAAGGAUGGAGUUUCAGCGAAGUUUUACCGUAUUUCAAAUAUUCAGAAGGAAAUUAUGACAAGGACAUUUCAAAAAACAAAGUUUAUCAUUCAACCCAGGGUCCAUUGGAUGUCGGGAGGUAUCCUUACGUGGACGAUAACGUGGAUGUUUUGUUAAGUGCAUUCAAUGAGUUAGGGUACAACUACACCGAUAUUAAUGGAAGAAAUCAAUUGGGGUUCAUGAGAAUUCAGACUAUGUCGUAUUUUGGCGAACGAGUUAGUGCGUACACUGCUUUCAUAGAUCCAAUUAGAAAAGUACGUUCAAAUUUAAAUGUAAUUACAGAAGCGUUGGUAACUAAAAUACGAUUUGAGAAUAUCGGAGAAGUCGUGAAGGCGCACAGUGUGGUUUACAUGAAAAAUGGUACAAGAGUCUUAGUUAGAGUUAACAAAGAAGUUAUACUGAGCGCGGGAGCGAUAAAUUCUCCCAGAUUAUUAAUGCUCUCUGGAAUCGGACCCAGAGACUAUUUAGAAUAUUUAGGUAUUAAAGUUCACGCGGAUUUACCUGUCGGCGGUAAUUUUCAUGACCAUUUAUCUGUUUGUUUGCCUGUCAUUAAACUAACAAAAACGGCUACAACAUCUAAAUUCCCGGAAAAGCUUAAAGAUAUUACAAAUUAUUACACAAAAGGUGUAGGGCCGCUGGCGGCGAAUUUCCAAGUAGUUGCUUUUGUGGAGUCUAGUAUUUCAGAUGUUUUGGGGACCCCUGAUAUAGAGAUCAGGUUUAAGGGUCACGAUUCCAAUAUGUAUUACGACAGGCUGAAUAUUUGCGUGUCUUUGUUAACGCCCAAAAGUCGAGGACAAGUAGUAUUAAACGCUACAGACCCAAUAUUUGGGAAGCCAUUAAUUUAUCCGAAUUUUCUUAAAGAUCCAACCGACGAAAUUAAAUUACUUGAAGGUGUCCAGCACGCAGUAAGACUUUUUGAUACUGAAGUCUUUAAAACAGCAGGAUUUGAGUUCGAUCCUCGUCCAAUAUUAAAUAAUGAAUGUAAAAACCAUGAAGCAGUUUCAACUCAGUUUUGGUCGUGUAUUAUCAAACAAUUUUCUAUGCCAUUACAUAAUUACGUAGGCACAUGUAAGAUGGGUACAGUCACUGAUUCGAAAUCAGUUGUCGACAGUAGUCUGGGGGUGUACGGUAUUUCUAAUUUAAGAGUGGUAGAUGCGUCAAUAAUUCCUAAGAUAACUAGAGGUUCAACUGCUGCUCCUGUGAUAAUGAUAGCUGAAAAAGCAAGUGAUUUAAUUAAAACUAUUUGGUAUUAAA